AAAACAACGUCUCAGCUCCAGAUCUUGGACUUGAACAUAAAUCUAUAGACACGUGAGCUGCAUUUCAAACCAUCUCAAACAUGCCUUCUUUGGAAAAGAUUCGCGCUAUAUUCGACCUCAUCAGCACAGGCCAAACGCAGGCCUUUUUCGAGAAUAUUGAUGAGAAUGUUGAUUGGACCGUCAAAGGAACAUACUGCCCGAUCUCCGGACAUUAUAAAUCUAAACAAGCAUUCCACGAAGGCACACGCGCUCUGUCGUCAACAUGGGCUACACCACUCUGCCUCGUCGUGCAAGAUAUCAUCCAUGACGGGGCAAACAAAGCAGCCGUAGAGCUGAAGGCUGUCGGUGUGGAGUGCAAAGAUGGACUGAAGUUCACAAACGAGUACGUAUGGGUAUGUCAUUUCAAUGACCAAGACAAGAUCGUGAAGAUCAAUGCAUUCAUGGAUACAGAUUUGGUGACCAAGGCGAUUGAGCGGAAUCCAUUAUAA